AUGGUUCUCUCGGGAACAGCCUCAAAUGCAGAACUCGGCCCUACUGUCAUUGCCGUUGAUGACGACGUCAAUAGCGUGUACGCUGUCAAAUGGGCAAUUCAUAAUCUUUUACAGAAGAACUCAGCUUCCACCCUCAUUCACGUUCGGACUAAGAAUUUACAUCCUCAUGAUGUUGAUUCUGUCCCUAAAGAAGGUCGUCCACCAACUGAAGAAGAAUCAAAACAAGUUUUUCUUCCCUUCAGAGAAUUUUUUGCACAAGAAGGGAUCACAGCAAAGGAGUUGGUUCUGCACGGCAAUGAUGUUACGAGUACACUAACCGAUUACAUCAUUGACCACUCUAUCAGCAAUAUUGUUGUUGGCGCUUCCCAUCGGAAUGCUCUUACAAGGAAAUAUAAAGGGUUAGGUGUUUCAAACAGUUUAAUGAGGUCCGUGCCAGAGUGCUACACAGUACAUAUUAUAUCAAAAGGAAAAGUGCUAAAUAUCCAGCCAACAGGUUUCCCUCAAAGCAUAAGCAUCAUACCAACUACAUCGAUGGAAGACUCAUACUACAAUCCCCAGGGAAAUUCACAACCGGAUCAUUUGCAUAAUCUUCUUCCUGAUACUUCAGAUUCUGAAGAUAUGAACAGAAAAUCAUUCAAACAUUUUUGGCCAGGCUCAGGUCUUGAUAGGGUUUAUGCUGGUGAAAACAACGACACUGUGCAGGUGGUAACUCAUGAGUCCUCCGAAGAGGCUAAUUUAUCAAAGAAAGGCUUGAGUAUUGAAAUGAGGCAAUUAAGCCUAGAAUUGAAAAAAACAAUGGAGAAGUAUAGCUCAGCCUGUAGAGAAGCCAUCGCAGCAAAACAGAAGGUAAUGGAGCUUGAACAGAUUAUGCAAGAAGAAGAACGCAACUUAAAACAUGCAGAAAUAAGGGCCAUGCAGGAAGAGGAAGAGAGGAAGACAGAAUCAAAUAUGUUGACUCAUGAUAAUAUUCAAUGUAGAAAAUUCGAUGUCAAGGACAUUGAAGUUGCAACUCGCUGCUUUAAUAGUCAUUUGAAAAUUGGUGAAGGUGGAUGCGGAUCUGUUUAUAAAGGUGUGCUUGAUUUCACUGAUGUUGCAAUUAAGGUCUUGAGACCAGACAUAGACCAAGGAGAGAAGCAAUUUCAACAAGAGGUACUUAUUUUGAGCACCAUAAGGCAUCCAAACAUUGUUCUCCUGCUAGGUACCUGCCCAGAGUAUGGAUGCCUUGUGUACGAGUACCUGGAAAAUGGCAGCUUAGAAGAUCGCCUCUUCCAGAAAAAUAACACUCCCCCACUUCCAUGGAGAAUUAGAUUCAAAAUAGCAGCAGAAAUCGCCACCCGCCUUCUUUUCCUUCACAAGACAACACCCAAACCAUUGGUGCACCGUGACCUCAAGCCAUCAAACAUUCUGCUGGAUGGGAACUAUGGGAGCAAGAUAAGUGAUGUUGGUUUGGCUCAUCUUGUUCCUCCUUCUAUACCUGACAAAACCACUGAGUAUCACAUAACAGCUGCAGUUGGUACAUAUUGUUAUAUUGACCCAGAGUAUCAACAAACAGGAUUAUUGGGAGUAAAAUCAGAUAUAUAUUCGCUAGGUAUAAUUCUGCUACAAAUUCUUACUGCUGAGCCUCCUAUAGGCUUAUCUCUCCUUGUUGAGCAGGCCAUCCAAGAAGGUACUUUUCAAGAGGUACUUGAUGCAAGUGUGCCAGAUUGGCCUGUUGAAGAGGCUUUAUCUUGUGCUUUGUUGGCUUUAAAGUGCUGCGAGAUGAGGAAAAGGGACAGACCAGACCUGGGUUCUGUUAUUUUGCCAAUGCUAAAUCGACUCAGAGAUCUGGGAGGAGCCAUUGGAGGUGAUGGCCUUCCUGCAAGCCAGGUACGAGAGCGAAGGUGGCAACCCUUCAAGUCCAUCGCCAACCUAUUGAGCUUCAAUCGUAAUUCCGAGAAGCCAGGCCUCUUACCACCAACAGGGAAGAAGCAUUUGGGGGAAAAAAGGACAUUUACAGGGGCUGCUUCUCUUUAG